AUGUCUGGGCUUGAAAUCGCAUCUGCUGCCAUUGUGGGCUCCCAGUUGUUGGAUGCUAAGUUGCACGUAUCCGAGGAUCUUCGCUUGAUUAAAAACGUCGUGAGCAAAGCCGUUCCCUAUUUUUAUUCUGUCUACAGAGGCAAGGCCAGUUACUGGUAUCUUUUUGAAAAGGCUGCCUUGAAAUAUCCCGAUAACUUGGCCGUCUCGUUCCCCCGUCCUAGAAAAGAUGCUCCUCCGCCAAAGAAAGACGCUGAAGGCUACUUCAUCUACGAUGACCAGUUCACCAUGGAAUCUUACACCUACCGUGAGUUGUACGCCAUGGUGUUGAGGUUGUCGUACAUCUUGAAGAACGACUACGGCGUCACUUCUAAAGACACCAUCGGUGUAAACUGCAUGAACAAGCCCUUGUUCUUAUUAUUGUGGUUGGCCUUGUGGAACAUUGGUGCUGUGCCUGCUUUCUUGAACUACAAUACCAAGGAUAAGCCUUUGGUUCACUGUAUUAAGAUUGCUGAUGUGUCUCAGGUGUUCAUUGACCCCGACUGUGCUGAUCCCAUCAAGGACACUGAGCCUUUGAUUCACUCAGAGUUGCCAAACGUCAAGUUGCACUACAUCAAUGAGCCAGAGUUGCUCAAGGUGUUGAGUGACAGAAGCAGACCGAAACAUAGAGCUCCAGAUAACACCAGAAGACCUGAAGAUAAGGACUCCUCGUGUUGUGCCUUAAUCUACACUUCUGGUACUACCGGUUUGCCUAAAGCUGGUAUCAUGUCUUGGAGAAAGGCCUUCAUGGCUACCGCUUUCUUUGGCUCUAUUAUGAAGAUUGACAAAAAAUCAACAGUCAUGACUGCCAUGCCUCUAUAUCACUCCACGGCUGCUAUGUUGGGUGUUUGUCCUACUCUUUCUACUGGUGGCUGUGUUGUGGUAUGUCAAAAAUUCUCUGCCUCCACUUUCUGGACGCAAGCUAGAUUGUCCAAAGCCACUCACAUUCAAUAUGUUGGUGAGGUGUGUCGUUACUUGUUGAAUUCCAAACCUCACCCUGACCAGGCAAAGCACCAGGUGAAGAUUGCGUAUGGUAAUGGUUUGAGAAGAGAUAUUUGGAGAGAAUUCAAGAGAAGAUUCCACAUCGAAGGUGUGGGUGAGUUCUAUGCAUCCACUGAAUCUCCAAUUGCCACAACUAACAUUCAGUAUGGUGACUUUGGUGUGGGCGCUUGCCGUAAGUAUGGUACUUUGAUUAGCACCGUUCUCGGCCUCACUCAAGUUUUGGUAAAGAUGGACCCAGAUGACGAAAGUGAGAUCUGGAGAGACCCUAAGACUGGUUACUGUGUCAAGGCUGAUGUCAAUACUCCGGGUGAGUUGUUGAUGAAGAUCAUGGAUGCCAAGAAUGUCGAGGGGUCCUUCCAAGGUUACUACGGUAAUAACGAGGCUACCAAUAAGAAGGUCAUCAGGGAUGUCUUUAGAAAGGGCGAUGCAUGGUUCAGAUCUGGCGACUUGUUGAGAAUGGAUGAGGACAACCUCUUAUACUUUGUUGAUAGAUUGGGUGACACAUUUAGAUGGCGUUCUGAGAAUGUAUCUGCCACCGAGGUUGAAAAUGAAUUGAUGGGUUCAGGUGCAAUCAAGCAGUCCGUUGUCGUUGGUGUGCGUGUUCCAAAUUACGAAGGCAGAGCUGGUUUCGCCGUCAUUGACCCUGCUGAUGGUCUCACAGAUCAGGAAGUAUUGCAGAAGAUCCAUGACCACGUGGUCAAGACAUUGCCAAAGUACGCGGUGCCUCAGUUCAUUAAGAUCAAGGCUGGUGGUAUUGCAGCAUCUCACAAUCACAAGGUUCCAAAGAAUCAAUUCAAGAACCAGAAGUUGCCCAAGGGUGAGAAAGGAGAUGAACUCAUCUACUAUUUGAACAACAACGGUUACGAAGAAUUGACUGAAGAGGCUUGGGCUCAUAUUAUGAGUGGAAAAACCAAGUUAUAA